GCUCGAUCACAUUGCUAGGGGCACAGUCAGUCAGCACUACAGUUCAUCCUAUAUACCUGCAAUAAUGAUAGCCUGUGCUGACCGUGGCUAGGAGUGCCUCAGAACAACCGACCAUUCAUUCACUAGAAGAUCUACAAGGAGCCCUCCUUGAUUUGAAAAUGGAAAUUCAAGAUAUAGACACGUUUUUACUGGAGUUUAUGGACGUAGGUGGUAUAAAAUUCGGAGACUUUGUCAUGAGAACAGGGGAACAUUCGCCCAUUUAUAUUGACAUGAGAGUGAUAUGGUCUUACCCUAAAUUAGUGAAAAUUGUGUCGAAAAUGAUGAUAGCUGAAAUGGAAAGAAGAGAAGUGAAAUAUGAUCAUAUAUGUGGCAUACCAUACCAAGGUAUACCUAUAGCUAGUUACAUCUCAACAAAGAAAGACAUUCCAAUGCUACUGAAGAGGCAAGAACAGAAGAACUAUGGUACCAAGAAAAUGAUGGAAGGCAUCUAUAAGUCAGGAGACAAAGUCAUUCUUAUAGACGAUGUUCUUAUGACAGGGGGGACUUUUAUUAAAAACAUUCCUUAUUUUCGAAAUGAAGGUCUUGAAGUUACUGGGGCAUUUUGCUUCUUUGAUAGGAACCAAGGGGGGCGAGAACGGGUACUAAAUGAACUCAAUGUAAAUAUAUACUCACUGCUUUCUUUACAAGAAGCCUUAGAGAUAUAUGUUAAGUUUGGAAAAAUCACCCAACAGAAAUGUGAUGAGAUAUUACAAAUGCUCAGAGAAAUAAGGUUUGACACACCAGCAGCCAAGGAACCAUGCCUCUCAACUGAGACUAUAAAUAGAAAAGAUGAUUGAUAUCAUGUCACCAGUUUGAACAAUGUUAAUCUGAAGUAUCAAUAAGGACCGUCUCAUACGAAAACAUUCUGUGCACCUCAUCUUCAUAUUAAACAUUAGUAUGGGAUUUUUUGGUGAGUGCAAAAUUCCCAUUUUCCCAAAGUUGGGACAAACUAAGUCAAUUUUUCUCAUUUUAAAGUAGGUGAAAUGGGUUUUGAAAGUGCCUACUUUGCUUAAAAGCAUGUGAGAUGACUGUUUUGAUAUAUAUUAUUGGCUUAUGUGCUUCUCCCCUGAGAGACAAUGGGAUAUAAAUUGAUGUGGCUGGUUAUGUAGAGCAUCACAUGGGUUCACCAUGCAGCAUCAACCAAAAUCAAAAUUAACCAACCAAAAUAUUUUGAAAAGUGCAAAUAAGGUUUUUGUGCAAUUUUGACGAAGAACUAGAUGAACAACUGCAAAUGUUUUAUAUUUUGUACAUUUCAAAAAUGGGUUAAGUUAUACCCUGUAUUUAACAAGCCAUACCAUAACAAAGGUUUUGAUAUU